GUUCUCAAUAGGAGAUGCGUAGAAGCGGCAGUGAUGACAGGCCUGGCACUCAACUGCAGCAUAAACAAGAAGUCCUUGUUUGACAGAAAACACUAUUUCUAUGCAGAUCUGCCUGCUGGCUAUCAAAUCACUCAGCAAAGAGUUCCUAUUGCGGUGAAUGGAAGUCUGUCAUACAGUCUCUGCGUAGACAACAAAAUGAGCCAGAUAGUGACCAAAACUGUGAGGAUUAAACAAAUUCAGUUGGAGCAAGACAGUGGAAAGAGUCUCCAUGAUGACACAGGGAGCCAGACUCUCGUUGACUUGAAUAGGGCUGGUAAGCUUGGAUUAUUUUCCUAUUUUUCUCUUCCUUUCUUGUGCUGUGGGGAAGAAGCAGCUGCAGCAGUCAGAGAGCUUCAGCUCAUUCUUCAAACACUUGGGAGCAGCCAGGCAGUCAUGGCAGAGGGUCAGCUGAGAGUGGAUGCCAACGUUUCUGUGCAUCACCCUGGAGAGCCUUAUGGCGUGAGGACUGAAGUGAAGAAUAUCAAUAGUGUACGGUUCCUGGCAAAAGCAGUAGACUAUGAAAUACAGAGGCAAAUUGAAGAACUCGAAAAUGGAGGAACCAUUCUGAAUGAAACAAGAGCCUUUGAUUCCAAGCUCGGGUGCACUGUGCCAAUGAGAGACAAAGAAGGAAAACAGGAUUAUCGGUUUAUGCCAGAGCCAAACCUUCCUCCAUUGAUUCUGUAUGAUGCAAAAUCUUUGCCAGCUAAUAUGAACCAUCAGCAAGUGGUAAAUAUUGAUUGGAUUCAUGAGAGACUUCCUGACCUCCCCAGUGUGAAGAGAGCAAAGCUUGUUGAACGGUAUGGGAUUCUUCCUGAACACAGCUUCACCUUAUUGAAUGAAGACGGAUUAACAGAAUUCUUUGAAGAUGUGGUGAAACAGACCCAGAUGAAGCCGAAGAAAGUGAUCGGCUGGAUUCUAAAUGACCUGCUCAGUUAUUUGAAACAACAUUCCCUUACAGUAAAGGAAAGCCCAGUUCGUUCUUUUGCCCUGGCUGACCUUCUGAACCUUCUAGAAAAAAAAGAAAUUUCUUCUGCAGCAGCAAAGCAGGUGCUUGCGGAAUUGUGGAAGGGAGAAGGGAAGACUCCUCUUGAAAUUGUUAAAGAAAAGAAACUUGAAGUGAUACAGGAUCAAAAAGAGCUUGAACAGAUCUGCCAGGCGGUGAUUGAUGGACGAGAAAAUGAGGUUAUGGCGAUAAAAGCAGGAAAUCUAAAAGUUCUGAAUAAGUUAAUUGGCCUGGUACAAAGAGAGACACGAGGGCGAUCCAACCCUGUUCUGGUGAAGCAACUGUUAGAGAAGAAGCUGUCAGAGUAG